AUGGCCGCCACUGACCAUGUUGCAACAAACGCUGCGGAGCGGGCUGUAGAAACCGAGAAGGAAGUCUACCAUCAUGUGUCUGAAGCCUCUUCGGACCACCACAAUCCUGCUUCCCACACCAAAACCUCUCGCAGACUCGGCAGCAUCAUCACAAUCGUCAGCUCCGCCUUGGCCAAUCUGUCCGACGGCUUCCAGCAAAGUCUGGCUUCCUCUACCAACGUCGUCAUGAAGCAUGUCUUGGGCAGCGAUAUCUACACAUCCUCCGUACAGACCAGGAUUUCGAACGCACUUCUGGUAGGUUCGGUCAUUGGAAUCCUGGUAUUUGGCUACACCUCCGACCGCUUCAGCCGUACGGGUGGCAUGCUGGUCACGUCCGGUCUGGUCGUUGUUGGAACAUGCAUGUCGACUCUGGCGUUUCAAGUCCAGGGAUCCGACCAUAUGCUGUGGUAUCUCACCAUAGCUCGCGGCACCGCCGGUGUAGGUGUAGGUGGCGAAUAUCCCACGUCCGCCGCAGCUGCUCUGGAAAGCUCGAAUGAGCACUUCGAUGCCAAGCGAGGGCCCAUCCAGGUCUUGAUUUCAACACUGCAGGCUACCACGGGAGGAGCGCUAUGUACCUUCGUGUACCUCAUGGCCUUGAUCGGGAAUCAUAAUCGUCUCAAAGUAGCCUUUCAUGCCAUGUACUCCAUAGCGACGAUUUUGCCCCUACUAGUGCUCCUGGCCCGCUGGCGCAUGCAGGAUGGCAGACUAUUCGAGAAGUCGAACUUCAAGAAGCGACAAGUUCCCUACUUGCUGCUCCUGAAACAGUACGGGCUUCGCGUCGCUGGAACUUCUGUCUGUUUCUUUCUCUACGACUUCGUGAACUUGUGAGUACAAACACAGCUGACGAAAUUGUGCUGCGUCCGUGCUGACUGUCCAGUCCCAACACAAUCAUGUCUUCGACAAUCAUCAACUCCUUGGUGCCCGGCAAGAACGUGCGCACGGUCGCUCUCUGGCAGCUAUACCUGGCUCUGAUGCCCAUCCCGGGCGUCCUCGUGGGCGCUUUCCUGGUGAACAAGAUCGGCCGCCGCUGGACCGGAAUCGCAGGUCUCAUGGGCGGGUACGUCGUCUGUGGCUUCAUCAUCGGUGGUCUCUACACAAAGCUCACCAACGAUGCUCUCCCCGCCUUCGUCGUGUUGUACGGCUUGCUCCAGGCGCUCGGCCACAUGGGACCAGGGGCGACCAUUGGGCUGAUCUCGUGCGAGGCAUUCCCAACUGCAGCCAGAGGCAUGGGCUAUGGCAUUGCUGCAGGCUUUGGCAAGGCGGGUGCCGCCAUCGGCACGCAAGUCUUCACUCCGAUCAGGGAUGCUGCAGGACCAGCGAGCACCUUCUAUGUUGCCGGUAGCAUUGGCAUCUUGACGUCUAUCAUGUAUUGGUUUCUGCCCGAGGGCAAUCAUGAAGAUUUACAGAGACAAGAUGACGAGUUUGAAAGGCUUUUGGAAAACGAGGGCCAGGCAAACGCAUAG